CCGCACCGUCAAACAUACAAAUAAUUUUGUGAAAAAGUUGAAAGUGAUUUAAUCAUUUUUGAGGACUCAAGUGUGAUAAACGGAUUAAUAUGGCAUCUUCGAAUUUAAUAGCUUUGUUACACAGUAUUGAAGUUCUAGAGGAGGCAGAAUUUCAAUCCGAACGACCACCUCGCAUAUUUCAUAAGCGGGAUGAUCCAUUUUUAUUGUCUGACAAACAGUUUAUACGGCUGUUUCGAUUAUCAAAGGAUUUGGCGAGGAAUCUCAUAAGUAUUGUAUCGGAACACAUAGUCCAACCUUCGAGAUCUUCCGCUCUAGAUUCUCAACUGAAGGUAAGAUAUUCGAUAAGGCUUAGUCAAGUAAUUUGUACAAUAUUUUUUUUUUAUUUCCAGACGCUUAUUGCAUUACGUUUUUUUGCCACUGGUAGUUACCAAAUGGAUGCAGCUUCCAACAUAUUUUUAGCUGUUAGUCAAUCUUCAGUGAGUAGAGCUAUCAAUGAAGUGGUUGGAGUUCUAAAUUUACCACAAGUAUUCAAUACAUGGAUUCAUUUUCCGAUGCAAAUUCAUCAGUUGAAUCAGUUACGUAAUCAGUUCUACCAAAAUCAUGGAUUUCCUGGUGUUGUUGGGUGCAUUGAUUGCGCCCAUGUUGCUAUAUUCCCACCCAAAGUGGACGAUGAGGUCUAUCCAGAAAGAAUUUAUGUGAACAGAAAGGGAUAUCAUUCCAUAAAUGUGCAACUGAUAUGUGACACAAGAUUGAGAAUUCUCAACAUCAAUGCGAAGUUCCCUGGAAGUACCAACGAUGCUUACAUUUGGCAAAACUCGAACAUAAAUCAAGCUUUUGUUAAUUUGCAUAGGAACGGGAAUACACAGUUUUAUCUCUUAGGAGACUCUGGAUAUCCUCUUAGGCCAUGGCUUCUGACACCUCUCGAAGAUGAUCCUUUACCAGGAAGCGCUGAAGAGAGAUACAACCAAAAACAUAGGAGCACUAGGAGCAUCAUAGAAAGAUGUAACGGUCUAUUGAAAAUGAGAUUUCGAUGUUUACUGAAGCAUCGGGUUCUACAUUAUGAACCAAGAGUAGCUUCAAAAAUCAUAAACGCUUGUGCUGUGUUGCACAAUAUGUGUAUAGAAAGCAAUAUUCCAGAGCCAGAGUUAUAAGAUUCCGAUGAAGAUAUUGAUUUUGGGUUGAGUAUCGGUGGGACUCAAAAUAUCACUUCAAAUAGUAGGGUGAAUCCUGAUUUAGUAGCAGCCCGUCGACUGCAACAGCAACUAAUUAGAAAUUAUUUCAGAGUCAAUAAUUGAUAGGCAGUGUUAUUAUAAAAUUUUAUAGUGG